CCAUCGAAUGCUUCGCUUCUUUUCCUCUUUCUUCUUUUCCUCCUCUUCACACUUUUCCUUACACACGCAUCCACAUACAAACGACAGUAACGACUUUUACCUCAACCUGAAAGACGACUCGGUUUUGAGAAAAAGGAAGCCAUCUUCAGCGCAGGAAUACUAUACACACGACCACACACACGAUUAUACAGACCAUGGACCAUCCUUCUGCCUCGGCCGAAAGCACCGUUACCACCGACAGACCUUCAGCGAGCGACGCAUCUAACGCGGCCCCACGUCGAUCGCGUCAUGAAUACUGGUGUCAUCAGUGCUCUGCAGAGAUCACCCCACUAAUGGUCCCUGAUCCCCUGUGUCCACGGUGCCGCAGUGAGUUUGUCGAAAAGAUCGAGGAGGAGAACGACCCUCGCAGCUUUGUUGAAUUGGCGGGCGAAAAUGAUGGCGAUGACGACGAGGGCCACGAGGCACACGAGCCCCUGAGCAUGGAAGACCUUUUGCGUCUCAUCCAAUUGAUUUCCGGAUCUCCACUACCUCGGGAACAACGACAGCGACGACAACAGAGCCAAGGCCAGCCUGGAGACUUCCCGGGAGAUAGUGAUGAUGGAGGUUUUCCUAUCUCGUUUUUACUCGACCCUUCAGGCCUCCGGUCGAGCACAGGAAUAACAGCAGUUCAGACGAGGGAUGCGAGUACAGCCACUGUCUCUGGAGGCGAGGAUGAAGAUAUUGAGAUGACAGAUGCUACGCAGGACCAACAAGAGACAAAUCAGAGGCCACGGGAUCCAUCCACAUCGCUGGCGAGUCUACUGCAGCGCAUCGGGUUCGAACUGCAUCUUACGCCCGAUAAUGACCGCGGUGGUGGGUUCUUCAACAUGAUCGGGAAUCCUGGAGACUAUGUCUUCAGUCAAAGAGCACUGGACGAUGUGAUCACCCAAAUGAUGGAGAUCCAAGCUCGUCAAAGUGGCCCUGUCGGAGCUUCAGAGGAAAUUAUUAACAGUAUACCGCACCACACGCUCACGACCGAUGAACUUGAGGCCAAGAUAGAGUGCAGUGUCUGCAAGGACGAGUUUACAAAGGAGGACAACUGUCUUCAGCUCAAGUGUAGGCACAUAUUCCACGAUGAUUGCAUCAAACCGUGGCUCAAGACUAGCGGCACUUGUCCUACCUGUCGAUUCGAGCUGGUGCCUCAAGAUCGUCAUGGGGGUCAGGACCAGAACCAGGACCAGGACCAGGAACAGCAGGACGGAUCAAGUUCUGAUAGUAGCAGUAUCAUGUUCGAGUUCUGAGCGUAACAGAAUCAGGCGCGAGGGCAGCACUGGCUCUGCGAAUGUUAGUAAAGUGCCUUGGUCGUACUCGUCAUCGUUGUCAAGAGAUGGACACCGAGAUAGCGCAUCCCCCUGAACCUGUUUCUUGCUACAUCUGAUGCUUUGCUGGACUGGAUAACGACGAGAGUGGAUGCUUUGUAUGAACAAAAGAAUAACGAAAAUAGAAAUCGGCUUUUUUUCCCCUCCUUAAUCAUUGGCUGGUUAUCCUGCGGAGGCUGUGUGUGUGUGUUUAUGAUGAUAUUGCUGGCGGAGCAGUGUCUUGGUCAUAGAGACACGUAGGUACGUCCCUUCCGCAAAAAGCGAAAAAGCAAUUGAGUUUUGGACAACAUCCUCGUCAGCAUACAGAUGCAUGGUCGGGACGUGUGAAUAUGGCAGCUGAAAACAAAACAAUCGCACCAAAUCAAUUGAGAUAGUAUAUCAGCGGCAGUAGCUUUUACCCCUAAUUUAUUCCAUCCC